CCUUUACGAAAAGAUCCUGGACAGACCGGGAAUCGAACCCGUCACCCUCAGCAUGGUCAUGCUGAAUACCCGUGCGUUUACCGCCUCGGCUAUAUGGGCCCUUUGCAUUUUGCAAUUUUGCAUUUAAAGUAUUAAAUUCACUAGUUGUAAGAUUUUAAACGCAUUAUUCGGUUUUAGAAGAGCAACAUUAAGCGGAGAAGGAAAUUUUCCUUUCCAACCGAUGCUUAAUUGUAUACUGAUCAAUUUCGCCCCAAAGUGGCAUUUCUAAUUUUUUGAUUUUUGAAGUUAUUUAACUUAAAGUUUAAAUUUGUUGAACAAUAUUCUGUCACAUGGUUCCAUAGACAUUCACUGGGUACUGAUUUUACAGAAAUUCUUUUGGCAAUAUUUCAAUUGCCACUGAUGUUAUCAGCAAACGUUGUUUUCAAGUGAUCAAUUUGACCCCGGAUUACGGUACACCUACUCCUCUUUAUUGAAUCCAUUGAGUAAUGCUUUGUAGAGUAAGAGUCAUUAGUGAAUCUAGGAAAGAAUCAAUAACGGAAUUGCUAGAAAAGCUUAAGUAACGGCGCAUGAUAGCUCAAUCACAGAGAAACAUCGUCACACAAACGUAAUCGCUCAAUGCUAAAUGUACUGUUUUUGGCCGGGCCGCCACUAGAUGGCAGUAGUGAGCAAAUGUCAAAUAUAGACACUAUAGAUUCCAUAGACUCGCGAAGGCGAAGACAACUGUAGCCAAACGAACUGUCAGUUCGUGUAGCCAAACGAGCAUGACGUCACGAUUUCAAUAGCGACAAUGGAUUGCGUGACGUCAUAUUCGCUCGGUAUACUCUAAAUUCACAAAAAAACACACUAAAAUCGUAUUGCUCAACCAUGUCUCCGCGAGUCUAUGGAAUCUAUAGUGUCUAUAAUGUCAAACAGGAGCAAAAACGAUACCAGUGCCGCGAGUGGUCGUUCGACCUACUACUGAAUAUUUGAAUAAACCGUUAAAAAGGUGAUCGAUGGGAAGCAAUAAGAGUGUGACGUCUGUUUCUCUGUGGGUAUUGAGCCAUUGGUAUUGAGAAUGUUUCUAGGGGAGAAUAUUCUUCAGAGAAAUAUUCAUAUUUUUCUCUGUUUUUUUCUAAAAAUCAUGAGUGGGGCAAUACGUGGACUGUCUUACCUAGCAUUUUUGUGGGUAAGACAUGUCCUACCUGUCCUAUCCACUCCUCGCGCCACUGCAGUUAAACAUUCCUCAAACCCCUAUUACAAUUGAACGUUAUAACGCAUGUGCACUUCCGUUGCACAGCAAUAACGGAGGCAACAAUCUCCUGACAACCGAAACAAUGGUAACCGUCCCCGCUUCAAUAUCGACCCAAAAAGUUCCACCUCAAUCGGCCAGAGUCAACCACCAGUUCGAAAUGAACAGACGCAACAAUGGCACUUCCAUGCAACCUACGUCGAAAUUUACUUCUUCCAGUAGAAAGUCGGUUCUUCAGGGAACCAAAAACUUCGUCUGGGAUCGGGAGGAUCUGGGCUCAAAUCAGCCGUACUUCAACCGUAACUACGAAAUCCCGUUCAAUCGUCCGCCCAAUGAGGUCAACUUCUUGGGUGGGCUGGGUAGCAACAAGGCCCACUACCGGUCCAAAGUGCAUCCGCAGCGGUUCUCAACGGUGCAGAAGUUGAUGCGAAUGAGAACAUCCAACCGAAUGCUGGAAACGCUGACGGAGGAUCUGAGGAAGGUGAACCUGUGUCGACACUCGAAGAAGAAGGGUCCGAGAGAUGAUCACAUCGGUGAGUAUAUUAACAAGAUCACCGAUGAACUGCAGCUGGCAGGGAAUGUGGAUAAGUCAACGCCUUCGGAACAGUCCGAUGUGCAGUUCCAGGCCAGUGCUAGGAAAAACAUCUCAAAUGACGACUACAAAGAGAUGAUACACAAGCUGGACAAGAUGCUGUUGGAUGAUCAGGGUCCACGGGCUGCCUAUGGGACGUCGUUUCGGGAUUGGGCACUGCGGGAGAGGUACAACUUCAAGAAUAAGAGCAACAUCGAUAUGAUGAAACGGGAGAAGGAGAACCUGGAGUCGGAGAUGGGAUCGUCGGUGGACACGAAGCCCUGCGACUACAUAACGGCUGAUGGGCGGCGAGUGACGAAGCUCAAGAAAGCAACCAAGAUCCCUCACCUCGAUGGGUACAUGUAUGGUCCAUUUACGAAACUUCCCCGAUUGGAUCCACUGUUGGAAAGCGAGACGAAAUUUGGAAUUCCGUUGAGUUUAUUGGUUCGAUCGUACCGUGAGAUGGAUUCAAUGAAGGAAGGCGAACGGAAUGUGAUCAAUACGAGAUUGGCCCACAUGAGGAUCCCUCUGUGUCCGAGGAGUAGCGACGAGUCAUCGGAUGAUGAGGACAAGAUGGAGGAGGUGAAAAUCCUGUCGUUUUUGCGGACACCAUAUUUUCGCAUUCCGAUGGUUAGGACGCAGAAGAAGCGACGGAAGGAUCGAUUGCGCAGUCGUUGGUUGAAGAAGGAUCGCUUGAAGAGAAUCACAAUGCUGUUGUACGACCGCUCGGAGGAGAACAUGAAAUACAGGAAACGAAGCGGUUUGCACAGACCCGGAUCGGAUUCUGAUUCUGUUGAUUCGGCUGGGGUGAAGAAGAAAGCUGCGCCCAAACAGUCGAAGCAGGAGGUGAAGCCUCAGUUGUCAGACCAGCGGAAGCGCUACUUCGAGUUUAUCGAGCAGAAGUCACGGGAGUAUCGUCGACUGUACGACGAAUGUUUGGAACAGAGGAUGACAUCGUUCCAGGACUUCAAGAACAUCGAUUUGGAUGACAAACUUUCGGAUACUUCAAGGUCGAAGUCGAGGUUGCAGAAGUUGAAGUCACCGGAAGAGGUGAAGGACGCUCAGGAGAUGGCAAUGCUUCGGUUUCCUUCGAAUCGCUUCAAAAGUUUGUCCAAGAGCGAUGGUUUGAUGGGGUCGUUCUACAUCGAUCCUGAAUUUCAUGACAAAGUGAAAGAUUUGAAGAUGUAUAAGAAAGGAUCCAAAUACUACACCAGCCUUAUGCGUGGACAAGUAGACCUCCGUAAACGUUUGCAGGUCAACGCACCGGACUUCGACGAGGAACAACUUGGUUUCAAAACCAAGUUUUUUAAUCGGCUGGCCACUGAGUGGGAUAACUACUACAUCCAUGAGCUGCGGUACCGUCCGAGGAUGCGAAAGUUUUGCCCGAAAACUGACAUUCUCAACAUUCGCGAACAACGUCGUAAAACGUUUCUGCAGUACUACAUAGCGGAGAACUUGCUGAAGAUUCGUGAGAAACAGUUGCUGGAAAAGCGGUUUGCAAAGUGGAUCAAGGAUUUCUGCAAGCAAACCAAGCCGUUGUUCAAGGUGUGGAAGGACAAUGCGUACGAUAAGGUGCUGGAAAUGUCCGAUCGGGAGAAGGAAGCUCAACAGGAAUCGAAGCGGUUGAGGAACGUACUCCAGGAUAGACAGAACAAGAUCGAGGCGAUCACGGAGAAGAUUCUGCUUAUGGAAGAACGCUGGACUAAAAUCAUGCAGAUAAGGAACUACUAUCAUCUUCUGAUGGACUCCCAGUGGAGACUAAAGAACGACAACCUGCAUCGGUCCCCUAAUGGCGCACUGCUGUCUGUCUCCGACGCCGUUCGAAACUGCAAGUCCCUCUUCAUUCGAACGGAUGGCCUCAACAUCGGUACGGAAAUUGCCGCCUUCUACAAGGAACGCAUUUUUCCCGCACUGGACAAACAUCCGAGUUGCACCCCGGACCCGGCCCUCUUCCUGCUGGGCCUGGGCCAAAUCAAUCAUCGCACCAUCGAGCUGAUCCAGAAGUACAACGACAAGCUGAUGGUGUUCAGCCGAAUCGAUUACCACUACAAAGGGGUGCUGCAGGAGUUUCCACGGUAUUUCAGUAACCAUAACGACAUGCUGGAGGCGUACAACAACAAGGUGCUGAUGAUACAGCGCAAGAACGAAGCCAUGAAGUUGCAGGUGCAGCAGCUGCUGGGGGAGCCGCUGCGGAAGUGUGUUAGCAACAAAGCAAUGCGCGUUACCAGUUCAAUCCUGAAUCAACUGUACGACUUCAUCCGGAAAUCGAAAAACCUCGGCAAAGAAAUCGUACAAAUCAGCAACAUGGAGAAGUUGGCAAUUAUUCAUCAAUUUAUUGUGGAUUUAUUGGCGGACUUGGAUCAACUGCCGCUUGACAUUCUUCGGGCUUCGGAGCUGGAGGCACGUAGAAAUCGGAAACUAGCACUGAGGCAAGCCAACAAUGCGCUCAAGAGGAAGGAGGUGUUUGAUUUGCUCCGGAAGCAACUGCGGUGGCAUGUGAAAAAGUAAAAAAAAAGUCGAUUGAUCGCUGAGGAUUGCAGACUUUAUUAUGGAAAUAUCGAAAAUAAUGGGGAAAAUACAUUUUUGGUCACUGUAUAA